GAGCUCGCGCCGGGGACUUAGCUGUGGGAGCCGCUCCGAGGGCGCGCGGGUCUCCCCUGGCCCCGGGCAGCGGCGGGUUCGCAGACUCCCGCCCCCUCGGUCCCCCCGCCCCUCGCCCCCGCCCCCUCCGUCGCGGACCGGGCCGGGCCAGGCGGGCAUGGUGCGGCGGCGUCGCGGAUGGCGCUGAGGCGGAGCAUGGAGUGGCCGCUGCUCCGGCUCCAGCAGCUGUUGCUGGCGGGACUGGCCGCGCUGCUGCUCCUAGAGCUCCCAGCCGCAGGCCUGAAGCUCAUUGGGUCCCCUCCGAAGCUGACAGUAUCUCAAGGGCAGCCAGUGAAGUUGAACUGCAGUGUGGAGGGAUUAGAGGAUCCUGAGAUCCAGUGGGUCAAGGAUGGCACUUUGGUGCAGAGUGUGGACCAAGUUUACAUUCCUAUCAGUGAGCAGCACUGGAUCGGCUUUCUCAGCCUGAAGUCAGUAGAUCGAUCAGAUGCUGGCCGAUACUGGUGCCAGGUGGAAGAUGGGGGCGAAACUGAGACAUCCCAGCCAGUGUGGCUGACCGUAGAAGGUGUGCCGUAUUUCACUGUGGAGCCAGAGGAUCUCACGGUGCUCCCUAAUGCUCCUUUCCAACUGUCUUGUGAAGCAGUGGGCCCCCCCGAACCUGUGACCAUCAUCUGGUGGAGGGGGGGCACAAAAGUGGGAGGACCAGCUCUCUCUCCCUCCAUUUUGAAUGUGACAGGGGUGACCCAGAGUACUGUGUUCUCCUGUGAAGCCCAUAACCUGAAAGGCCUGGCCUCUUCCCGCCUAGCCACAGUGUAUCUUCAAGCUCUUCCAGCAGCACCUUCUAAUGUAACAGUGACCCGACUAUCUAGCAACAAUGCCAGUGUGGCCUGGAUUCCUGACUCUGAUGGCCGAGCUCUGCUCCACUCGUGCACAGUCCAGGUAACGGAGGCUCCAGGAGGUUGGGAGGUCCUGGCAGUGGUGGUUCCGGUGCCACCGUUCAGUUGUUUGCUUCGGGGCUUAGAACCUGCCACCAACUACAGCUUAAGAGUUCGAUGCACCAAUGCCUUGGGACCUUCCCCAUAUGCAGACUGGGUACCCUUCCAGACCCACGGCCUAGCCCCAUCCAGUGCCCCUCAGAACCUUCAUGCCAUUCGAACAGACUAUGGUCUGAUCUUGGAAUGGGAAGAAGUCAUUCCUGAGAGUUCUAGUGAGGGCCCCCUGGGACCUUAUAGAAUAUCCUGGAUUCAAGAAAAUGGGACUCAGGGUGAGCUGACUGUUCUAGGAACUAGAGUCAACCUGACUGGAUGGGACCCCUUGAAGGACUUGACAGCCAGAGUGUGUGUCUCCAACGAAGUUGGCUGUGGUCCUUGGAGCCAGCCUCUGCUUGUCUCUUAUCGGGACCAUGCUGGCCAGCAGGGCCCCCCUCACAGCCGCACAUCUUGGGUGCCUGUAGUCUUGGGUGUUCUCACAGCACUUGUGACAGCUGCUGCCCUGGCCUUAAUCCUGUUACGCAAAAGAAGGAAGGAAACACGGUUUGGGCAAGCCUUUGACAGCGUCAUGGCCCGUGGAGAGCCUGCUGUUCAUUUCCGUGCUGCCAGAUCCUUUAAUAGGGAAGGUCCAGAACGAAUUGAGGCUACAUUGGACAGCCUGGGUAUCAGUGAUGAACUGAAAGACAAACUGGAGGAUGUGCUGAUCCCGGAGCAGAAGUUCACCUUGGGCCGGAUGUUGGGCAAAGGGGAGUUUGGGUCAGUGAGGGAAGCCCAGCUGAAGCAGGAGGAUGGCUCCUUUGAAAAAGUGGCAGUGAAAAUGCUCAAAGCGGACAUCAUCAACUCCAGUGACAUUGAAGAGUUCCUUCGAGAAGCUGCUUGCAUGAAAGAAUUUAACCACCCACAUGUGGCCAAGCUUGUUGGAGUGAGCCUUCGGAGCCGUGCCAAGGGUCGCUUGCCUAUCCCCAUGGUGAUCUUGCCCUUCAUGAAGCAUGGGGACCUACAUGCUUUUCUGCUUGCUUCCCGAAUAGGAGAAAACCCUUUUAACCUGCCUUUGCAGACACUGAUCCGAUUCAUGGUGGACAUUGCCAGUGGCAUGGAGUACCUGAGCUCCCAGAACUUCAUCCACAGGGACCUGGCUGCUCGGAAUUGCAUGCUAGCUGAGGACAUGACUGUGUGUGUGGCUGAUUUUGGCCUAUCUCGGAAAAUAUACAGUGGUGAUUAUUACCGGCAGGGCUGUGCUUCGAAACUGCCUGUCAAAUGGCUAGCUCUAGAAAGCUUGGCUGAUAACCUGUACACAGUGCAUAGUGAUGUGUGGGCAUUUGGUGUGACCAUGUGGGAGAUUAUGACUCGGGGACAAACACCUUAUGCUGGUAUUGAAAAUGCUGAGAUUUACAACUACCUCAUCAGUGGGAACCGUCUGAAGCAGCCACCAGAAUGUCUUGAGGAAGUCUAUGAGCUCAUGUACCAGUGCUGGUGCUCGGACCCCAAGCAGCGCCCUAGUUUCCUGACCCUCCGGAUGGAGCUAGAAGAGAUCCUGGGCCGAAUGUCUGUUCUCUCCGCCAGUCAAGACCCUCUUUACAUCAAUAUUGAGAGGGCUGAGGAGCAAACAGAAGGGGGUGACCAGCUGGGUGGGGACCAGGCUGUUGGGGAGGGGGACAGGAACAACAAUGGUGCAGGGCCGGUAGGGGGUGUUCCCAGUGACUAUCGCUAUAUCCUUAGCCCUGGAGGGCCAGCUGAGCAGUCUGGGGAGGACCCGCAGUCAGAGGGGGCCUGUGGGGAGGCCCAGAGGCAGAUGCUCCUCUAGCAGGGCCUGUUAGCACAUAGAGGCUGUUAGCCUAACAAAUGGACGGGCAUCCUUUGGGGGGCAAGGGCAGGAGUCGCUGGCUUGGCUGGCCAGCAAAGCCCCCUCCCCCACCUUGAUCUCAGCCUUGUCAGAAGCCUGGGGGCUCCUGUGGUAGUCCCUCCCAAGCUAGAUUGGGGCCUGGGCUUUGGAAGCCUGAUAUGACCCAAUUGCCCAAUCCCAGCUCUUCCUCCAGUCACUCCGGGUCUGGCCAGCCUGGCACGAGCUCCUUCCAUUCGGGUGGGGAGGGGGGAGGCAAGUGGGGCCCAGUUGUCUGGACCCUGGCAGCCGGUACUCUAUGGUUAUAUCCCCAUGGCUACAGUGGGUGGGGGCCAGGAUAGAGAGGAGAUGAGUGGUGCUGUUCACCCCUUCCCUCCCCCGGGGGCCCAUCCCGCUGCUUUAGUGCAUGUGCUGAGCCGCCCAGCCUGGGAGGCAGCUCUGCCCAGGCCACUGGUGGUGAAUUCUAGGUGCGGCUUCUUCAAGGUAGAGACAGAGGGGUCUACAUCACACUUGUGCAGGUGGGAGGGGUAGGGAAGUUGGGAGGGCCAGCUGCUCUUCCCCUGGAGGUGGGGUUGGAUGUCAGCAUACUCAGGUCUGAACAACCCUCUGUCGGCAAGCCUGGGGGUCUCCCCUGCCAAUGGGCCAUCCUUGUGGGGUGCUCCCUCUGUCACACCUAUGCAGAAAGCUGGAAGGCAUCAGACUACCAGGUGCCCUUCCCUUGAAAAGAAAGGGAGUGGUGAGGUCUGUGGAAGGACUGGUGGGACUGGCCGAGUCUGGUCCUGGGAGGGAUGGCAGCUUCUUUCCACCCUCCACGUUCUGUUUGGAGCAUGCCACAAGAAUCCUAAUCCCACUAACAAAGGCAGCUGUGUCUAAACCCGGAGGGCUUUCUGGUCCCACUUCUUCCUUCCCUGCUGAGUCCCUCUCUCCUGACUUUGCCUUUAACAGAAGCCUCCUCUUUUUGCUUGCUCCCAUUCAGAGCUACUGAAGUGGGAGGAAUUGAGGCCAGAGGGCUGGUUUUGGGGGAAGGGGUUAUUACUGAUUGCCACCACUUCCAUGGCAGAGAUGGCUAUGGGGGAAAGGGUUGAUCGUAGUCUUCCUUGGGAGGGUGGGGUAUGUUUCCAGGCUGUUAGAUGCUGUUUAAACACAGAAAUAAAAACAAACCUCAGAACAGCCAUUUGGAAAUAGUCCUUUCUUCUUCAUAUUUCAAUCAAGUACUAUGCUUUGUUGGGUUUGGAGGGGGUAAGGAGAAAAGUUAGGAGCUUGUGAUACUGAUUUCUCACCUUUCCUCCCCAAAGCCACAGAGAAGUAUGUCUUGGGCCUAUGUGGAAUGGAGCAUGUAAGUAUAUAGGGAGACCUAACAUUGUUCAAAGUCUGUUUUCCUACCCAGUCUCUCUGCCUUUAAAAGUAGCUCAGGAGAAACAAAAGGGAUUAAAAAUAGGGCAGGGAGCUUUCUUGGGAAAUAGGUUGUGGCUGAUGCCAUCAAAGAAGUAAAUGGGGUGGGGUAAAGAAGCAGCCCUCUUCAAAAAAAUUCAGGAAAAACCUGCUGCUAACCUGAACUAGUUCUGGUUCCCACAUAGUAGAGAUGGAGAGAAAGCCACUAACUUCAGUCAAGGUUUAUAGGAAACUAGAAUCAAGAAAACAUGCUAGCUAGGACUAUACUUACUUAUAGAUAACUCCUUAAUUUAAUCCAGUAAAUAUUAAGAAACUAAGGCAUGCAAAACCCUUUUCUAGGAGAUACAAAGUUGAGGUAAACACUCUUCAGCUUCAAGAAAUUUAAAUUCUGGUAGGAUCUGUCUUCUAUAAUGUGACUUGGACAGUCCAUGGGAAACCCCAGCCCUCAGACACUUCCCCUUUGAAGUCUGGAUUUCUAUAAUUAAAAUUCCUACUGUGAGUUACAGACAUUGUUGGGUGCUCUGUUGAUUGCAGUGUAGAAACUAAUGCCUUAGUUUAUCAGAUCAAUUUUCUCCAGGAUAGUUAGCAGAUGCAGGAGCUUAGGGGCAAAAAAAUUUAUUAAGUAAUUACUUAAGUACAAAGUACUGUUUUAAAACUUAUUGUACAGAGGAAACUGAGAACAAGAGAAGGGAAGGAAUAUGCCUCAGUCACUCAAUUAAGUGAGUGCUCAAGUCCAGUUCAAUUCAGUUGAGUUUUAACUGAAAGCAGGGAAGAGAUAAACAGUGUAGAAUAGGUUGCAUCAUUCAGGGGGAGACUUCUACCUGUCCAAGGCCUGUGUUUCACAUGAGGAUUGAGAAGGAAGGUUUGGUAAUCCUAUCUGCUACAUUAGGCCAGAGCCUGAUAGAUAAUGUAGUCAAGAAUUUUCAAGCCCAGAAUCUGAAGGGUAACAAAUGUUUUUUAGAUUUACAUAAACAUUUUCUUGACUAUUAUAAAAGAAAGUUUCUGGUCUGGGGAUCAUUGGCUUUUGCUUUACUGGGAGCAAACUUGGACUCUAGCCAAAUUCUAAAGUAGAAAAACUCUUAGCUUCACAGAAAUGUUAUCAAUUUGUCUUUCCUUUAAACUUUUAAUUCAACAAAUUUCUAUAGAAGGAUAAUGCCUUUUUGUUUUUUUUCCUUUUUAUGCUGAGGCAAUUGGGGUUAAGUGACUUGCCCAGGGUCACACAGUAUGAUGCCAGAUUUGAACUCAAGUCCUCCUGACUUCAGGGCUGGUGCUCUAUCCACUGCACCACCUAGCUGCCUCUGCCUGACUCCUUCUUAACUAGAUUUUCAAAAAUCUAUAGUUUCUACCAUGGAAGGCAUUUUGAUGGAAGUUGGGCUUACAGAGACAAAAAACAAUCCUGUUCUCAAAGAGCUUACAUUCUUUUGGUGAGACACAAUGUGUAUAAUUGAAAGGAAAAGCAGAGGUGGGGGAUGGGGUGGUGCAGUGAAGUAUGGGAGAGGAUUUGGGUUUCUGACAUAGGCAAUAGCCUUUGGAAUGAACUUUAAGGAAAACCAGGUAUUCUACUCGGCAAGGUGGAGAGGGAAUGUGUUUCAGAUAAUGGGGAACCACUUAUGCAAAGGCAGAGGAAAGUGACAGAAUUGGUAUUCUGAAAACAGCUAGCAGACAAAUUUGAUUGGAAUGGGUAACAUAUGAAGGGAAAUAAGUGAAAUGAACCAGGAAAGGGAGGUGGCAGUCAAAUGAUAGAAGGUUUUAGAUACUGUGAUGAUGAUUUUGUAUUUGAUCCUAGAGGCAAUAGGGAGCCAUUGAAGAAUUUUGAACAGUGAGCUGAUGUGUUUAGAGCUGUGUUCCAAGGAUCACCAAUUUGGUAGAUUUGCAGGGGAUGAGAUAAGAGAGGGAAGAGACUGUUGGCAGGGAAACCAAUGGGAAGCUGUUAUAGUGUUUUGGGUAAGGUGAUGGGAGCAUAAGAUGGGGUAGAAUAGGAGUCACUAACCUCUUCUGUGUCUUAGACCCCUUUGUCAGUUUGUAAAACCUAUAAGUCCCUCCUCAGAAUAAUAUUUUUUUAAUGCAUCAAAUCACUACACAAGUAUACAGAAGGGAAACCAAGAGUUAGUGAAAAUGAGGCUAUAUUUUUUUCCUUUCAAGUUCAUGGACUCCAAGGGGUUUACAGAUGCCCCUGUGCUCCAAAUCUGGAGUAGAAGCCUUCUGAAUAGAGGAAAAGGAACAGAUGGAAAAUUUAUGAGAAUUAGGAAGACUAUUCUAUAUCAAAGGAUUCAUUUUUUGUUUUGAUUUUUUUUGUCACAUUUUUAAAAAUUUUGAGUUUCAAUUUUCUUCCUCAUUGAGAAGGCAAGACAGAAAAUUCGAUUUUGAUAGCUGUUAAUCCAGCUCCUUCCUAAACAAGUUCUCAAAAACUCCUUUUCUCCUUUAACUCCAGAGGGAGAUGCCUUUACACUACUUCCCCAUUAUAUUCCCAGGCCUUCUAAAUGAUCCAGAUUCAAACUGCAGGGGUCACAUGCUGAUACCAACACUCCACAGAGAAAGGCUAAGCAGGGACUACUCUGUGCAGAGCAGAGACAGGAGCAGCUUGUUCCCAGCCCUGUCUAGGUUGGCUGUAACCCAAGUCUGUCCUUGGUAGGGGGGGACAGGGUCCCUCCUUCUAUACUAAGAACUAUAUCCACUCGGGGUGGUGCUGUUACCCAGGCAUUUUCCAGGUUUUGGAGAACAGCUGCCUAUCUUUGAAGUUAUCUGUCAAUGUGUGUACCCUUCAAGUCAAUUCUGUUAAUUCUUCCUGUUGCCCCUCACUUGGAAAACACUCCAGGUUCACUAAAUGCUCUUCUUCUUCAAAAUCCCUUUGAAAGUUUGUUUCCUGCACAUUCUCCACCUUCAGAUAGAAAAGGGAUGGAUACAUGUGCAGAAAUAAACAUGCAGUUUUGGACAUGGC